AUGUCGACCACAACCAAGCCGGCCAGCAAGGCGAUGCCUUCGGCAUUGACCUUGCACCGCCACGCGAAAUGUUCAACUACCAAAGCCCGUGCAAGCACCCUUGACCUGCCUCAUGGCUCCGUUCCCCUCCCGGUCUUCAUGCCUGUCGCGACGCAAGCGUCCCUCAAGGGCUUGAGCUAUGAUCAGCUUCGCGAUACCGGCUGUAUGCUCUGCUUGAACAAUACAUACCACCUUGGCCUAAAGCCCGGGCAGGAGGUGCUAGACGCUGUCGGUGGAGCACAUAAGUUGCAAGGAUGGGACCGGAAUUUGUUGACAGAUAGCGGAGGGAUCAGCGGGCUGACCAGGGUCGUGAUGGCGAUGCAGUUUUCAGAUGGUAUCUCUCUUGAAAUUGGCCACCGUUACCGAAGAAGGCUCCUCACCCCCGAGCAUUCGAUCUCCCUCCAAAAUUCCAUCGGCUCCGAUAUCAUUAUGCAAUUGGACGAUGUGAUUGCGACAACAUCACCGGAUCACGCGCGCAUCAAAGAAGCCAUGGAUCGUUCUGUACGGUGGCUAGAUCGAUGCAUUGAUGCACACAAGCAUCCCGAAAGUCAAAAUCUCUUCUGCAUUAUCCAAGGUGGACUGGAUUUGGAGCUUCGAAGGCAAUGCUGCGCGGAAAUGGUGGCUCGAGACACCCCCGGUAUCGCUAUUGGAGGGCUGUCAGGGGGCGAGGCCAAAGAAGAGUUCUGCAAAGUGGUUGAUACUUGCACUGGACUUCUUCCUGAACAUAAGCCUAGAUAUGUGAUGGGCGUGGGAUACCCCGAGGAUAUUAUCGUAGCGGUGGCUCUUGGUGCCGACAUGUUUGACUGUGUCUGGCCAACCCGUACAGCGCGGUUUGGUAAUGCUAUUGUGUCUACGGGCACGCUGAAUUUGCGUAAUAGCAUAUAUGCGAAUGACCACACUCCCAUCGAGGAGGGCUGCACAUGUGCCUGUUGCCGUCCCGCUGAUCAAGGCGGCCUUGGCGUUACCAAAUCUUAUAUGCACCACGUUACGGCAAAGGAAACCGUCGGCGCUCACCUCCUCACAGUUCACAAUGUUCACUAUAUGCUGAACUUGAUGGGGGCGGCCCGGCAAGCCAUCAUUGAAGAUCAAUACCCCGCUUUCAUUCGCAAAUUCUUCUCAGAUAUUUAUCAAGGGGAUAAGUCCCAAUAUCCCGAAUGGGCCGUCGGGGCUUUGCGGGGUGUCGGGAUGGACUUGCUCGAAGAUUAG